ACCUUAGUCAGCCAUUUCCAUCAACUUCUGUUCUCCACGCCUCUUCCUCUUCAACCUUCUCUCUUCUCCUGAGAAAAAAAUUCCAAAACAGGAAAAAAGAAAAGUAGAAAAAACUCAAAUUCAUACUUGAAAAUUCAGAUAUCGGAAUCGAUGGAAAGCACCGACUCAUCAUCCGGCUCACAGCAGCCUCACCUGCCCCCGGGUUUCCGUUUCCACCCAACAGACGAAGAGCUGGUGGUUCACUACCUGAAGAAGAAGGUAUCUUCUAUUCCUCUCCCAAUACCGAUUAUAGCCGAAAUCGAACUCUACAAGUUCGAUCCAUGGGAGCUUCCAGGUAAGUCGACUUUCGGAGAGCAUGAGUGGUAUUUCUUCAGCCCCAGAGAUCGAAAAUACCCGAACGGCGCUCGGCCUAAUCGGGCCGCAACAUCGGGCUACUGGAAGGCAACUGGAACUGAUAAGCCUAUAUUAACAGCUGGAGGGACUCAGAAGAUUGGAGUGAAGAAGGCGUUAGUCUUUUAUGGAGGAAGGCCACCGAAAGGAAUUAAAACUGAUUGGAUCAUGCAUGAAUAUCGUCUUACCGAAAACGAUAAUAAAGUAAUGAAGCCUCCUUGUGCUGAAGUAGCUUCCAAGAAGAGCUCUUUGAGGCUUGAUGAUUGGGUGUUAUGUCGUAUAUACAAGAAGAACAACUCCCAGAGGGCAAUUGAAAGGAUCAAAGAUGAUUCCAUGGAUGAGAUGCUUGAAAAGCUGCCGACGGCAACCCAAGCUCUACACAGUCAAAAUGCUCAAGCCCAAAAGACAACCAACUUCCGAUCGUUGAUCGACAACGACGAGCAAUUCUUCGAAGGGAUACUAACCGACGAUGGGAUGAAUAGCAACCACAUUUCUCAUCUGGCUUCUUCAUCAAGAUCAAAGCCCGAACUCUCCAUCCUUCUCGCCGGAGGCCCGCUUACACUAAAGAGGACAGUCACAUCUCCUUACUGGACAGACCCCAUGCCUGCCGCUCCCCCUACGAAGCGCUUUCAAAGUAACGAUAGUAGCACUGGUGGGAAUAGUUCAAUGACUGCCCUGCUCAAUCAACUUCCACAAACUGAUCCUUUCCAGCACCAAACCCUUCUUGGGUCUCUGGGUGAUGGAGUCCUGAUGCAACAGUACCAAAAUUCAGGCAUGAACUGGAACUCCUGAUCUAGUUUCCAAGCUGUAUAGAUAAGAAAAGAGGUGGAAUUUUCAUUUAAAUGUACUGUACAACCUCCUAUCUUUACUAGGAUUGGAGAUGGAGAGAUGGAAAUGGAUGAAGAUACAAUCUCAUGGACCCAUUCCACGUGUCAAGCUCUCAGAGGUGAUGAGCAUCAAACAAACGUAUGCCGUACUUUUAAGUACCAUUGGAUUUUUGUGCCAGAGAUACUGUGGGGUCCAGGCACAUAUGCACCAAUGACAUAGAGUUUUGUAAGUGUAACUAUUUCAAUCAGUUAAGGUGAGGUCUUUUAAAUACUUACAUGUAUAUUAUUUACGUUGGUUUUACAAUAACAGUUCAUAGAUGAUUAUACACAGGAA